AUGUCAGGCACAACAAAGGCGGCGUCAAACACGCCGCCUAUUCUAGUAUUUGACCCAGAUGCUCCUUUCAUACUGGAGCCGGCGGGGCCUAUUCCAUAUAGUGGCUUCCAAGUCUUCGGCCUCUUCCUACUCGCCUUCUUCCCAGCCCUGUCGUUCGCUGUCUGCUGCUUGAGGGCGUAUAGUAGGCGUCUGGCGAAGGGGUUCGGGCUGGACGACUGGCUGAUAUUUCUAGCAAUGGCUCUGGCAAUUCCGCAGGCGUUUUUUGCAACAAUCACCUUCCGAGCACAAUAUUGGGGGAUACACGACCAAGAUAUCCCACCACACCCGUUCACCCAGGGCCUGUUCUGGGGGUAUAUGGACCGCGUCUUCUACAACCCUCUGCUCGCUCUCGUCAAGGCGUCAGCUCUCAUAUUUCUGCUGCGUCUGGGCGGCACCAGACACCGGAUCCGGCUGGCGUGUAUCGCUCUGAUGUGGUUCAGCAUACUGCAGGCGUUUGCCUUCUUCCUCGUCACAAUCUUCUCAUGCGAUCCCGUCGAGUUCUCGUGGUUCGGCGCCGCCUCAGGCCGCUGCAUCAAGCCGGCCAGGUUCUCGCUUGCCCUGGCCUGCAUUAACAUUGUGACCGACAUUCUGAUCCUGUACAUCCCGUACUGCAUGUUCCUGAAUCUCAAGGUGAACCGGAGGGUCCGCAACUCCCUCCUGGUGGUCUUUAUGUUAGGCGGCCUAGUCACCUUGGUCAGUGCCGUGCGGCUGUACUUUGUCGUCAAGGCGUUUUACCUGCACCCCUCGCAGGUCCACUACUCGCUCGGUUACACGACAACCACGAUCGAGGUCAACCUGGCCAUCGUCACUGCGUCGGUGCCAGCGCUUUGGCCGCUCGGCCGCCGCUGGUUCCCGGGAGUAUUUGAGUCGCUGGGCAUCAAUCGGCCCUACCUGUAUCCGGACAUCGAGGUGGGCUAUGCAACCGACGACAAGAAGCGGCGAAGCAACAACAGCAGCAGCAGCCAUUCGUGGGGCUCGACGCGGGCGAACAAUAACAACAACAACAACAACAAAAAGCCCUCGAGACCCCUUCGCGGCAAGGUGUCUUGGCGAGAGCGCCGGUACGUGCCCAGCAGCGUGUUUGCGGGGGGCGCCGCCCGCGGCAACAGCUUCAGCAACGGGAGCAACAGGCCCCGGGAGGAGGGACGAGAUGGCAACAUCGACUUCUUUGCGCACAUCACGGACAUCCGCAGCCAGCCAGUCGUCCCCGGGCGCGCCCACCACGAGAAGAACCGCUCAUGGUACGACGAAAACAACGACGACGACGAUCUGCUCGAUACUUAUCACGGUAUUAUCCGCAAGACCGACAUCGUCGUCGUGCACGAGGACCAUGUCGGUGGUGUCGUUGCGAAGCCACAGGACUCCUCUCUGAGGCGAGGCAGUAGCGAUGACGAGCUGUCAAGAGACAACCAUGGCAACAACUGGCUGUGA